CGAUAAUGGCGUCUUUUCUCGAAUGAAAACGAGAUUGGAUUCUAAAAAAACAGCAUAGUUAUAAAUCUAAAUAGUAGAGAGGCAAAUUUGGGUGGAUAAAGAUAAUUUAAAUAGAGCUUUAAGCAAAACAAUUUUCGCAGUGAAAUUCAUCACCGGUUAUUGCAUAAAGCAUCACUCAAAAAUAAACAUUUGCAUGCAUUUUUCAAGUUUUAAGAUAGAUGUAAAGGUUUUAAAAUAAGUACAUUUAAAAGAAUCAGAAUACUCGUUUGGAAAUGUGUGACGGCAGUGGAGAUAUAGAGGAUUUAGCUCCUGUAUCUCAAUAUCAAAACAAUAAGACUUCAAAAACAUCUUACAACAAGUGUAAAAAAUGUGAAGAGAAGCCAGUUGUUCUUCUACAAAAGAAAGAUCCAUUUUGCAAGUCAUGCUUUUUUGAAUACUGCAAUCACAAAUUUCGAUCUACAAUCGGGAAAACCAAAAGGGUGAAACAUGGGGACAAAGUAUUGAUAGCUUGUUCAGGGGGAAGGAAAUCAACUGCGAUGCUUCAUAUGACCAAACAGGCAUUGGAUUCUGCAUCUGCCAAGCAAAUAUCUUUUACUCCUGGAAUUCUAUACAUUGAUGAAACAGUGUUGUCUCCUUUUAUAUCUGAGAAAAUUGUGAAUUCAAGUCAAGAUAUUGUUUGCAAAUUGGAAGAAUAUGGCUACCCUGUUUUUAUUAGCCUUCUUGAAAUGGUUUGCAAAUUAAACAAUAAAGAAAUUUACUGGAAUUCCUCAUGUUUGAAAGCUUCAGAUAAAGUACCAGAUUUAGAAUCACAAAACUGGUUUCAAGUUUGUAUGAGUGACAUGAGUUUAUCCGAAAGAUACGAUCUGCUAAAACAUAUGAGAUUAUUAUUAAUGACUGAAAUAGCUAAUCAGAUGGGAUAUCAUUACCUAUUUGUUGGAGAUUCUGGUAAUAGCUUAGCAGUAAAUUUAUUGACUGACAUAAGUCUUGGAAGGGGCUCACAAAUUUCAUCUGACACAAGUUUCUAUGACUCACGUUACAAAGUGCCUAUUUGCAGACCAAUCAGAGAAUUUCUGGAUAAAGAAUUGCUAAUCUACAAUCAUUUGCAUGGUUGCUCUUAUAUGGUUAAUCCUGACUUGCUCACUAAGGUAAAUCCAACAUCUUGCAUACAGAAAUUGACUGAAUGUUUUGUUACUGAACUUCAAGAACAAUUUCCAGCAACUGUAUUCACUAUAUUCAGAACUGGAGGCAAGCUAUCUCUGGACAGCUCAUUAUUAGCUGAGGAAAUCUGUUUAAUUUGUAAAUCAAAGUUGGACAAUGUAGAUCCUGAUCCUUGUUCUGCCGUGGAAGCUCUCAAAAUUUCAGAAAGUGUAUCAGCCGUAGAGUCCAGUAUGAAAGAGCAAGAAAGCAAUUUCUUUACUGAUCCUUCAGCUGGCUUUAAAAAUAUGAAUAUUUCAAAUAAUUUGUGUUAUGGCUGUUCUACACUUUUUCGUCAUAAGAAGCUGACAGGAAGCAAAAUGUAUGAUUUUUAUCAAAACAUAUUAAGAGCUGAACUCGAAUAUUUAAACAAAGACAUAAAGCCAUUGGAGGAUGAAACAGAAACUGUUUAUUCUUGAUGUAUGAGUUUUUUUUUUCAUACAUAAAAUAUUUUUAUUUGUAAAUAAAAUAUUUCUAUUUAAA